GAGGGGCAGAGCAGGCGGGAGCAAGCAAGCAGAGCAGAGCAGAAAAUCGCAUCACCACCGACACCAACAACAAUAUCACCACCACCACCAUCAACCACCGCGGAGGCGGGCAGAUACAUCAUCAGUUGGGAGAUCUUCUGCUCACUUUCUCUGAGAUGUACACAUGAAGAGGGAAUUCGACAGCUCCACUUAAACUGCGCUCGCAUGGAGAGGCGUAGGGCCAUGCAGCUGUCAGCGCUGCUGCUGCGGCUGCUGCUGCUGCUGCUGCCGCUGCCGGCUCCGGCGCAUCCAUCGCACUCGCCGCUGCCGCGCUCCUUCCCCGACGCCCGCCCGCUCACUCACCUCGCGUACAGUCCCGACACGGGCGACGUCUACGUGGGCGGCACCAACCGCCUGCUGCAGCUGACGGCGCUGCUCGCCGACAAGGCGGAGGCAGUGACGGGUCCCGUGCCCGACAGCCUCGAGUGCCUGCCGCCCUUCCCGGACGUGUGCGAGGUGCGCGAGGCGGACGACGCCGUCGUGCUGCUGGCGCUGGACGCGGCGCGGGGCCGCGUGGUGGCGUGCGGCAGCGUGCACCACGGCACCUGCACGGAGCGCGACGCGGCCAACGUCAGCCGCGUGCUGUACCGCGCCGACGCGCCCACCUCGCUGCAGGCCGUCGUGUCGGGCGCCGAGGCCGCGGUGGGCUUCGUGGCGCGCGCCGGCGAGCGCGACAUGCUCUUCGUGGGCACCGCGGGAGGCCGGCAGAAGCUGAAGCCGCUCUCCAUCCGCUUUCUGCCGCCGGCGGGUGGCGCGGGCCCCGGCGUGGGCGACCCGUUCACCCACGACGACGAGUACUACCUGCGUGGGGAGUACUCGCAGUUCGACCACAGCUUCGUGGCGGCGUUCGAGGCCGGCCAGUUCGCCUACUUCGUGUUCCAGCGCAAGGAGCCGCGGUUCGCGCGCGGGGACCCGCGCACGUUCGUGGGCCGCUUCUGCAAGAGGGACCUCAACUUCCUGUCGUACGUGGAGGUGCCGCUCGCGUGCGACGCCUCCGGCCCGCCCGGCGAGCCCGGCUCCGGGCGGCAGCACGUGCUCGCUCGCGCGGCGUCGCUCGGCCGCCUGGGCUCGGAGAUCGCGUCCGGGGCGUCCGGGGCGGCCGGCGAGCAGGCGCUGUUCGUGGCAUUCGCCGAGGAGGCGGCGGCGUCGGCGGGCGCCGCGACGGCAUCAUCGCUGUGCGCGUUCGCCGUGCCGCGCAUCAACGAGGCCGUGGAGAAGGCGCGCGAGGCGUGCUACCGCGGGGAGGACGCCUCGGCCUACGUGGAAUACGUCAGCUCGCUCGUGUGCACCAACAGUCACGUCUCGAGUGGGCAAGCGGCGGAGUGCGGCGUCGACCACCUGCCCAACCCCAUCGUGGGUCGCCAGACGCUGGUGUCGCCGGCGCUGGCCGUGUUCCCCGACGUCCACCUCACGGCCGUCGCCACCACCCUCGUCGAACAGCGGUGGACGAUCGCCUUCGUGGGAGACUCCGCGGGGCGACUCGUGAAGGCAUUUCUACGCGGAGCCGACAAACCCCUUGGCAACUGGACUCUUCACCAGGCCGAGUCGGCCAUUAACAGAGACCUGGUGUUCGAUGGGACACAAGAAAACCUCUACGUCAUGUCUGAGAGCCAGGUGGCGAGGGUCCCGGUCUCGGACUGCGGCCGUCACAAAUCGUGCGCCGGGUGCGUCUCUACCGGAGAUCCGUACUGCGGGUGGUGCGUGCUGCUCGGGAAGUGCACCAGGCGUGCGGAGUGCCCCGAGGCGGACGUGCAGGACGCGUGGCUGUGGAGCCCCCGCGAGGAGUGCCCGGCCGUGAGCGGCGUGUCGCCCCACAGCGUGAGCCGCCAGCAUCCCCAGCAGGUGACGCUGACGGUCGCCCACCUGGUGGAGGUGACCAACUCCGAAUCUCUGCGCUGCCAAACCGAGGGCCACUUCACCCCGGCCACGAUCGCCGGGAAUCUUGUGCGCUGCCAGAGUCCGUCUCCCGACCUCCUGCCGUGGAACGGGAAAGACCACGUGGAGGUGGAGAUUGCCGUGCAGCAUGGAGACAUCACGUUGGUGACGGCUCGGCUGCUCGUGUUUGACUGCUCGGCCCUGGCGCGGCUCAACCCCCGAGCACCUUGUGCUGCAUGCUCUGGGAGCCCCUGGCCAUGCAACUGGUGCGUGGAGGAACAGACGUGCACCAGCGGAGCUUGCAGCCAAGGAGACGUGAUUGGCAAUCAGCGUGAGAGCAGUGAUUCUAAUCUGGACAUGAAAGGCCCGCAAGCCUGCCCUCGCCUCGAGGCGCUGGUGAAGCCUUCCCUGGUCCUGGCGGGGCGGCCGUGGAAGCUGUCUCUCCUCGCCAAGCGAUUGGGCCUCCUCAAGGCGGCGACCUACGAGUGCGCCGUCGCCACCGACCUGGGAGUCGUCGUUUCGCCGGCCGUGGUGGAGAAGGUGGAAAAGGACACGUGGGCUUUGAGCUGCUCGGGAACGUUCGACUAUGGCAGUGAUUCCGAGGAGCUGGAGGCACCCAUCUCUGUGCGCUGGUCAAGCGACCCGCAGAAGUCCAUCGAUGCCCUCGCCAACCUGACGCUGUACAAGUGCGGGGUUGGCAGGAGCGACUGCAGCCUGUGCCAGGCGGUGGCGCAGGAACGCGCGUGCGUGUGGUGCGGGGAGCCGGCCGCCUGCACCUUCAAGGAUGACUGCGGCUCUCCCUCGCAGGAUGUGUGCCCGGCCCCCACCAUCACACGCGUGGAGCCAACCUCGGGCCCACGGGAAGGAGGGACGCGGGUGACCAUCUCCGGGGUCAACCUGGGAAAGGACGUCUCCGACGUGGAGGCUGUGAGCGUCGGUGGCGCUGCCUGCACCAUCCUGCCCCAGCUCUACCAGGUGUCCGUCAGGAUCGUGUGCGAGACGGGCCCUCUGCCGGACUUGGGGCCCGUUGACGUUGGGGUGACGGUGAAGGGCAAGGAGGCCGCGUCACUCCCACAGGCCUUCACGUAUACGGACCCACAGCUGAGCGAAAUGAGCCCUGCAUGGGGCCCCGUGUCUGGAGGAACAAGAGUGACCAUUCACGGGCAGCACUUGGACACCGGCCACGAAGUCGAUGUGUUUCUGGGAACCACUCCCUGCAGGCUGGAGAGGUGGCAGGGCGGGCAGCUCGUGUGCGUGACGGGCGCAGCCCCGGAUCCGGGUCAGGUGAUGGUGCGCGUUGAGUUUGGUCCCAUGGCGGAGAGGACGCUGCUGGAGCCGUUUCAGUACUGGCCGAAUCCCGUCAUCGUGUCCUUGUCUCCACUGGAGAGCUUCUACAGUGGUGGCCGCAAUAUCACGGUGUUGGGGGAGCGGCUGGACUCGGUGCAGAGCGCGCGUAUGUUGGUGCGCGUGCGUGGGUCCGGUGCCUCCUCGGCCUACGGCGUCCCCGCGGCCCGCGUGCGACGAGCCCUGCCCGCCACGCACGCCCAGCCCGCCCAGCCCGCCCAGCCCGCCAGCGAGCCCCCGUACGGCCGCUGCACGGUGCAGGCCGAGGACCGCAUGCUGUGCCUCUCCCCGGACGUCCGGGCCGCCCUGUCCGCCGUUGGCAGCGGCGGCGGCAACGCGGGCCGCGCGACCUCCGCACCCGCGAAGCUGCAGGCCGACGUGUUUAUCCGCAUGGACGCGCUGGAGCUCGCCCCGGACGACGGGAAGCCCUUCCAUUACUUCCCUGACGCCGAGAUCUUCCCGCUGAACCGAGACAGCCCCAACUCGCCGUUCCGCCACAAACCGGGCAGCCUCAUCACCGUGGAGGGACAUGAACUGGACCGGGCGUUGGGCCAGGGCGAGGUGAGGGCCUUCCUCGGCUCGGCCGAGUGCGUCAUCAAGACCCUGUCUAUGCAGCACCUCUACUGCCAGCCGCCAGCUCAGCCACCCGACGGACAGGAGCCCGCUCAGUUCCGGGUGGUGAUGGGAAACCGCGAGUACCACCUGGGCGCCGUGGAGUACGAGACGGACUCGGGCGUCGUCUUCCCACUCGAGGCGCAGAUCGCGGCGGGCGCCGGCUCGGGGGUCGUGGCGCUGCUCGUCGUCAUCGUCAUUGUCGUCUACAGGAGGAAGAGCAAAAAGGCUCUGCGUGACUACAGGAAGGUGCAGAACCAGCUGGAGGACCUGGAGAUCAGUGUGCGCGAUCAGUGCAAGAAGCAGUUCUCCGACCUGAUGACGGACAUGGAAGACAUGUCGAGCGACCUGGUGGUGACAGGCAUCCCCUUCCUCGAGUACCGCACCUAUCGCGAGCGCAUCUUCUUCCCGGGCCAGGAGGCACCCCUGGCGAAGAGUCUGUCCGUGGCGGAUUCACGCCGAGCCACCAUGGAGCAGGGCCUCUUCCACCUCUCGAACCUCCUCAACAGCAAGCUCUUCCUCACCACGAUGAUCCACACGCUGGAGGGACAACCCAAGUUCUCGGCACGGGACCGUGGCUGCGUGGCGUCGCUGCUGACGGUGGCGCUGCAGGACAAGCUGGAGUACUACACGGACAUCCUCAAGACGCUGCUGGGAGACCUGGUGGGGCAGUACGUGGCCAAGAACCCCAAGCUCAUGCUGCGCAGGACGGAGACGGUGGCAGAGAAGAUGUUGACAAACUGGAUGUCUGUGUGCCUCUACAAAUUCCUCAAGGACACGGCGGGCGAGCCCCUGUUCAUGCUGUUCCGCGCCAUCAAGCAGCAGGUGGAGAAGGGCCCCGUGGAUGGCGUCCUGCGCAAGGCCAAGUACUCGCUGAACGACACCCGCCUACUCGGCGAGGACGUCGACUACCAGAGUCUGGUGAUUAACGCGACGGUGGAGAACUCGGGGGAGGAGGGUCCCGUACUCGUGCGGGUUCUGGACUGCGACUCCAUCGGCCAGGUGAAGGACAAGAUCCUGGACCAGGUGUACCGCAACGUGCCGUACUCGCAGCGACCCAGCGUCGACACCGUAGAGCUCGAGUGGCGGAGCACGUUCGCCGGGCAGUUCACGCUGUCGGAUGAGGACCUGACGUCGGUGGUGCAGGGACGCUGGCUGCGCAUCAACACCCUGCGGCACUACCGGAUCCAGGAGGGAGCGCGCAUGUUCCUCGUCCCACGCUCGCUGGAAAACCGGGCUUGCCCACAGCCUCACCGCGACCUCACAGCCGGCGCGCGCUCGAGCUGCCCGUCGGAUCGAGACGACGAGGACGGCGUGAGGAGGUGGCACCUCGUCAAGGCCACAGAGGAGCCCGAGAUUCAUGCCGGGCGACGCAAGGGCAGCAUCCGUGACCGCGCGCAGACCAAGGUCAUCCCAGAGAUCUAUCUGAUGCGGCUUCUCUCCAUGAAGAGCAUCCUGCAGAACUUUGUGGACGACCUCUUCACGGUGGUGCUGAGCGCACGGGGCGCCGUCCCUGUCGCCGUCAAGUACUUCUUCGACUUCCUCGACGAGCAAGCGGAGAGGCACGGCAUCACCGACGCCGAGACCCUGCACAUCUGGAAGACGAACAGCCUCCCGCUGAGGUUCUGGGUGAACAUCCUGAAGAACCCUCAGUUCGUGUUCGACGUGCACGUGUCGGACAUCACGGACUCGGCGCUCACCGUGAUCGCCCAGACCUUCAUGGAUUCGUGCACGACCGUCGAGCAGAAGCUUGGAAGGGAUUCACCAAUCAACAAACUGCUGUACGCAAGGGAAAUCCCACGGUACAAGAAGAUGGUGGAAAAGUACUAUGCCGACGUGCGGCAGAUGUCCCCCGUCAGCGAUCAGGAAAUGAACGCUUUCCUCGCCGAGGAGUCGAGGAACAACGGAGGAGAGCUGAACACAAUGGUGGCCUUGCACGAGCUGUACAAGUACAUCAUCAAGUACUACGACCAGCUCAUCACGGCGCUAGAGGAGGACCCCGUCGCGCAGAAGAUGCAGCUGUCCUACCGUCUGCAGCAGGUGGCAGCUGCCCUGGAGAACAAGGUCACAGAUCUGUGAGCCCCACGGCAAUCGUGCAGACUGCGACCCUUGACCCGGGGUCUCUGGGGCUCAACGUCGCUAACCCCUCGCCACGACAAGUGGACCUGGACCACCCUUGUCGCUCGUGUUCUACACAUCCCAAGAUCGUCGAUGAAAUCGGCGGUUUUGCCGUCGACCCGUGCGCAAAAGCUCUGUCGGCCGUGGAAAAAAACUCGCCUAUUGUGGAGCGGAGGGAAGCUGUGUACAAGUACAGUACUGUGAUUGUCCAAGUGUGAAGUGUGUGUAUCGUGUGUGUGUAAUGCUGUGUAGAUAUGUCUUAGUUUACAGAGUAAUUCAUUAGUUUAUAUUGUGUGUGCGUGUGUGGGCCCACGUGUGUGGUGUGAUUAGGAGGUGGUGUCGUAGUGGUUAGCGCACUGCAGCAUUUCCAGUGUUCCAGGUUCAAUUUCAAGCUAUGAACAACACAAGUUGGAAGUGGGAAUUGAACCUGGAUUUGUCCUCCCCUAGGUUAGCUGAGCCUAAAAUGAGUACCUGGAGCAGUGUAAUCAAUAGCACUAGGCUGGAACAAUUGAGGCUGGGAGUGCUGCUAGCUUUGCCGUCCUUAAUAUGUGCUCGCUAACAGCACUUGCCCCAACAGUCUAAAAGGCUAAAUGGGGGAUCUAGUUUGUGUGUGUGUAUAUGUAUAUAUAUUUAGCACCGAGGGGGUUAUAUAUUGUGUACUUAGUGUAUGUGUACCACAUGCAUUAUAUAUACAUAUUUAAGUAUAUACAGUACGAGCAUUCUAUAUACACUUCCAAUUACUUUAGCAAUAAAUGUGCGUGUGUGUGUGUGACACUGAAACUUAAUGCAUUUAUGUACAUAUGUCCUCCAAAACAGUAAGGCAUAGUGCUGCAAACACACCCUUCCCUUCACCAAAUACAAACGUCACUUAAGGCUGUGCUUCCACAUAAUGUAGGGUCCUGGCAGAAAUAGCGUAAGUUAGAUCUAUGAUUGUUCAGUAUAAUGCAUUCCAUGUUGUUGAACUACAGGAAUAUUCCUUUUUCCACUGGCACAUCCGAGACCGCGCCAUACAGAGCCAGCCUAGCACGGGUCAGGAGGCAGGCUUUUCCACUGCAGAAGCCGAGCCAUGCCGCUGACAUGGCACGCAGUGUGUAACAUGGAGACGGAUGACACGCCGUGUUUGAGUUGACUUGCGCGCAGAUAUACAUACUCGCACUGUUCAAUGCUCCAAGGCUUUCGACUGCUGGAUGCUAUUUUAUUGAUUUUCUUUAAGUGGUGAUGUUAGAUGCAUUGCACAUGUCAUUAGCACUGCCACCUGUGAGGGCCCUGCACUGGCUCGGCUCAGAUUUGCCAGUGUAAAAGGGGUACAAGUGGUCAAUCAAAACUGGGUACUUGGGCGCUUCCUCGGUUUAAGAUGCUUUCUCGCAAGAAUCCGAGCUUGUGUUGCUGCUCAUGUGUUGGAUGCAAUGCAGUGUAGGCACCGAUGAAGAAUCUUAAAGCAAAAUCAAAGCUUGCAGGGAGAAACUAAACGGAGAUGCAAUGCUGACUAAAUUGCCUUAUUUUUGUUGUAUGAUUUUAAUAUUCUUUUUAUGGGAUU